AUGAAGAAUAUCGUACUGGAAGAGAUCUCGUGGGGUUUCGUCGGAAGAAACGACAAAGUGGAUGAAAAACGAUACAAGGAAUGUAUCCCAACAACGAAUCGUUGUGAUGACCAUUCGAUAGAACGAAUAUCUAUGCGUGUCGAUGAACGCGAUCACACGUCCAAUCACGGUUUAAUAUUAUUAAGAAACAUCGUACGUAUCAAUACAAUCACCAGACCAAUAUCUACGGCGGAUCAAAAGGAAAUCGAACAGUUUAAUGCUUUUAAAAACUUUUGGUGGGAUAUGAACAAUCCAUUAGGAGGCCUUCAAUUAUACAAUUCAUUCAGAAUACAAUUUUUGAUAGAUGGAUUGAUAAACGCUGGAUUCAAAAUACAAAACUCAGAUUUUCCAUUAGAAAAAAUAAAAAUUGUGGAUAUUGGCUGUGGUGGAGGUAUAUUGGCUGAGAGUUUAGCUAGAAUAGAAGCGCAAGUAACUGGAAUAGACGCAGCCGAACAAUUAAUAAAAGUUGCUAAAAAUCAUAUAAAAUUGAAUCGCGAUAUAUCAGAAAAAGUGAAUUACAUUUAUACAACCGUAGAAUAUUUUGCUAAUAAGGAGAGCGAAAAUAGCACAUAUGAUACUGUUGUAACUUCUGAAGUUUUGGAGCACAAUCAGACCCACAACUAUUUUUAA